GCCGCGCUCCCCGCACACUGCGAGCGCCGGGCGCGGAGCGGACUGCGGUUCCCGCGCGCAGCCGUGGCCGCCGUCCCCCUGUGGCCGGGCGGGCGGGCGGGCGGGCGGUCUCGGGGCCCGGUGCGGCCGGCGGCCGGGGCGAUGUGAACCGUGGCCCGCGGGCGGGCGCGGGCGCGGCCGGGUCGCCGCGAUGUGGCUCAAGCCCGAGGAGGUGCUGCUGAAGAACGCGCUGAAGCUCUGGGUGACCCAGAAGAGCAGCUGCUACUUCAUCCUGCAGCGGCGCCGCGGCCACGGCGAAGGCGGGGGGCGCCUCACCGGUCGCCUGGUGGGUGCUCUGGAUGCAGUGCUGGAUUCCAACGCCCGGAUCGCCCCGUUUCGAAUUCUGCUUCAAGUUCCUGGGUCGCAGGUUUAUUCUCCCAUCGCAUGCGGCGCCACGUUUGAGGAAAUCAACCAGCACUGGGACUGGCUGGAGCAGAACCUCCUGCACACCCUAUCUGUCUUCGAUAAUAAAGAUGACAUUGCCAGCUUUGUCAAAGGGAAGGUGAAGGCUCUGAUUGCCGAGGAGACCAGCAGCAGGCUCGCAGAGCAGGAGGAGGAGCCCGAGAAGUUCCGAGACGCCCUGGUGAAGUUCGAGGCCAGGUUCAACUUCCCUGAGGCCGAGAAGCUGGUCACCUACUACUCCUGCUGCUGCUGGAAGGGCCGGGUGCCCCGCCAGGGAUGGCUCUACCUCAGCAUCAACCACCUCUGCUUCUACUCCUUCUUCCUGGGCAAGGAACUUAAGCUUGUGAUCCCGUGGGUUGAUAUCCAGAAGCUGGAAAGAACGUCCAAUGUCUUCCUGACGGAUACCAUCCGGAUUACCACGCAGAACAAGGAGCGCGACUUCUCCAUGUUUCUGAACCUGGACGAGGUGUUCCGGAUCAUGGAGCAGCUAGCUGAUGUGACGCUCCGGAGGCUGCUGGAUAAUGAGGUCUUUGACCUGGACCCUGACCUGCAGGAGCCCAGCCAGAUCACCAAGAGGGAUCUGGAAGCCAGGGCGCAGAAGGAGUUCUUCCGGGCAUUCUUCAGGCUGCCGAGGAAGGAGAAGCUGCACGCGGUCGUGGACUGCUCCCUGUGGACGCCCUUCAGCCGCUGCCACACCGCGGGCCGGAUGUUCACCUCCGACAGCUACAUCUGCUUCGCCAGCAGGGAAGAUGGCUGCUGCAACGUUGUCCUCCCGCUCCGAGAGGUGGUGAGCAUCGAGAAGAUGGAGGACACGAGCCUGCUGCCCAACCCCAUCAUCGUCAGCAUCCGGAGCAAGAUGGCCUUCCAGUUCAUCGAGCUCAAGGACAGAGACACCUUGGUGGAGAGCCUGCUCGCGAGACUGAAGCAGGUGCACGCCAACCACCCUGUGCGAUACGACUCCAGCGGGGAUGACAUGACGUCCCCUGUGUUUUACUCGGCGAGCACGUGCGGCGAGCACAGGUUCGGGGACCUCACAGCGGAGUCUUCUCAACACCGCGAGGGGAGCGAGGGGAAGAGCCCGCCGCCACACCCCCAGCCCCUGACGGCCGUCUUCCGCCAGAGCCCCGACUCCCGCCUGUCCCAAGAGCAGAUCAAGAUCAGCCUGUGGAACGACCACUUGGUGGAGUACGGCAGGACCGUGUGCAUGUUCCGCACCGAGAAGAUCCGGAAGCUGGUGGCCAUGGGCGUCCCGGAAGCUCUGCGCGGGAGGCUCUGGCUUCUCUUCUCUGAUGCUGUGACGGACCUGGCCUCGAACCCGGGUUACUACGGGACUCUGGUGGAGCAGUCCCUGGGCAGGUGCUGCCUGGUCACGGAGGAGAUAGAGCGGGACCUGCACCGCUCCCUGCCCGAGCACCCCGCCUUCCAGAACGAGACUGGGAUUGCUGCCCUGAGGAGGGUGCUGACGGCCUAUGCCCACCGGAACCCCAAGAUUGGGUACUGCCAGUCCAUGAACAUCUUGACCUCCGUGUUGCUGCUCUAUGCCAAGGAGGAGGAAGCCUUUUGGUUGCUGGUUGCUGUGUGUGAACGGAUGCUGCCUGAUUACUUCAACCAUCGAGUGAUCGGGGCGCAGGUGGACCAGUCCGUCUUCGAGGAGCUCAUCAAGGAGCAGCUCCCGGAGCUGGCGGAGCACAUGAGCGACCUCUCGGCCCUGGCGUCCGUGUCGCUCUCGUGGUUCCUGACGCUGUUCCUCAGCAUCAUGCCGCUGGAGAGCGCGGUGAACGUGGUGGACUGCUUCUUCUACGACGGGAUCAAGGCCAUCUUCCAGCUGGGGCUGGCGGUGCUCGAAGCCAAUGCCGAGGAUCUGUGCAGCAGCAAAGACGACGGCCAGGCCCUGAUGAUUCUUAGCAGGUUUCUAGAUCACAUCAAGAAUGAAGACAGCCCCGGGCCCCCUAUCAGCAGCCGCCAUGCCUUUUUCUCCGACGACCAGGAGCCCUACCCUGUGACUGACAUUGCCGACCUCAUCCGAGACUCCUACGAGAAGUUUGGGAACCAGUCUGUGGAGCAGAUUGAACACCUGCGCUGCAAGCACAGAAUCCGGGUCCUUCAAGGCCACGAAGACACCACGAAGCAGAACGUGCUCCGUGUUGUCAUCCCAGAAGUCUCCAUUCUUCCCGAAGACCUGGAGGAGCUCUACGACUUAUUUAAGAGAGAACACAUGAUGAGCUGUUACUGGGAGCAGCCCAGGCCCGCGGCCUCGCGCCACGACCCCAGCAGGCCCUACGCCGAGCAGUACCGCAUCGACGCCCGGCAGUUUGCACACCUGUUCCGGCUGCUCUCCCCGUGGACCUGCGGAGCCCACACCGAGAUCCUGGCGGAGAGGACGUUCCGGCUGCUCGACGACAACAUGGACCAGCUCCUGGAGUUCAAGGCGUUUGUGAGCUGUCUAGAUGUUAUGUAUAACGGAGAAAUGAAUGAGAAAAUUAAACUGCUGUACAGGCUUCAUAUCCCUCCAGCACUCACUGAAAAUGAUCGAGACAGCCAGUCACCACUGAAGAAUCCCCUGCUGUCCACAUCAAGACCCUUGGUUUUGGGGAAGCCCAAUGGUGAUUCAGUUGAUUAUCAGAAGCAGCUGAAGCAGAUGAUUAAGGAUUUAGCCAGAGAAAAAGAUCAAACCGAGAAAGAGUUGCCCAAAAUGAGCCAGAGAGAGUUCAUCCAGUUCUGCAAGACUUUGUACAGCAUGUUCCACAAGGAUCCGGAAGAGAACGAGCUGUACCAGGCCAUCGCCACGGUCAGCACGCUGCUGCUGCAGCUGGGGGAGGUGGGCCAGGGCCGGGGCAGCUCGGGCAGUGGCUCCCACGAGGGCGCGGAGGAGCUGCCGGCCUCGGCGCCUUCCCCCGAGCAGGACUCGGUGUUUGAGGAGGCUGGGAGGACUCCCCAGGACGGCCGGGCAUUUCCUGACGCCGAAGGGGACUGGACCGUGUCCCUCGAACACGUCUUGGCCUCGCUUCUUACUGAACAGUCACUAGUCAACUUUUUCGAAAAGCCACUAGACAUAAAAUCCAAACUUGAAAAUGCUAAGAUGAACCAGUACAGUCUGAAAGCUUUGGAAACAAGCCACCAGCCACAGCCAGAACUCAAGCUGAACAACCUGUAGCACGCUCGCCGACAGGGAGCGAGCGCACUGGAGGCUGCUAGACCAAAGGGUGGACUGGACUCUCUUCCCUUUCAGUUGACUGCAAACGCACAUUUCAGAAACCACUCUAGCUGGGGGGUAUGAGGGUACCCAGAGCUGACGGAGCCCCAAGCGCUUGUUUAUUCUUGAGCCUCGUCUGUUGGUCAGUAGUUUCUAUCAGCUCUCUUGAAACCCUGACUUUCAAGGUCACUUUGGAUUCAUGGGCUGUAUUGUCUGAUGGGCUAGUCGUUACCAAGGACAAGAAAAGCCCUAGGCUGCUUUCACUCUGAAUGCUACGGAGGGCUCAAGAAUCAAGUUCGCUUUCAAGAUCUCAGCCUCCGCGGGUGCAACUGUAUUUGGCUUUUUUUUGCACUAAUUUUGUUUCAAUGCUGGUAAUUGAAACCAUUUUAAUGUAUUUGGUUGUAUUCACUUUAUAUGUCCUUCCAAAAAUGUGUACAAACCAUGCUUUCAAUGUUGGCCUCCAAGAUUUUAAAUAAGAAGUCUUUUUAUAUUGA